GCGGGGCGGUCUCGCACAGCCCGAGCCCGCCGCGGAGGGGGAAGGUCUGGACCGAGGCGCACGGAGCUCCGGGCACCGGGCGCGAAUCCGGGCCCCGAGGGCGCGGGCCGGGCGGCAGGUGCGCGGCGCGGACUACAAGUCCCAGCAUGCCCAGCUACUGACCCGGCCCCCGCUGCCACUUAAAAGCUUCGGGAGCCGCAGCCGUCGGGUCGCCGCGGCUUUCGCUUUGCGGCCGCGGCUGGGCGGGCGGGAGCGGCGUUCUCGGCGGCCGGUUGUCCUAGCGUCCCGGCUCCGGCUGCGCCGAGGGGCGCUCCUCGUCCAGUCCUCCGCGCUCGUGGAUUCCCUCCCGAGGCGCCCGCGCCCCCCGGGCUCCCCGCCUCGGCCACCCCGCGGCCCCGAUGCCGAGGCAUGGAUAGAGCGGCGCUGCGCGCGGCGGCGAUGGGGGAGAAGAAGGAGGGCCGCGGCGGGGGGGACGCGGCGGCCGCGGACGGGGGCCCCGGGGCCGCGGCCAGCCGCGCGCUGCAGCAGUGCGGGCAGCUCCAGAAGCUCAUCGACAUCUCCAUCGGCAGCCUGCGCGGGCUGCGUACCAAGUGCUCCGUGUCCAACGACCUCACCCAGCAGGAGAUCCGGACCCUGGAGGUAAGGGGGCCGCGCGCCCGGGAAGCGGCCCCCAGCACCUCCCUCGCUGCCCCGGUGCACUCCUUCCCAGAUGCAUCCUGGAGCUCGGGUCGCCCCUUUGAGGGUUCCCCUCCUUCCUCCACUCGCUGAUGCGGCGGCUUGGGGACCCAGGACCAGCUCCUCACCUUGGGCGGGAUUUGGGGGGGAGGGGCGGAGUGGGAACUGGGGUGGAGGCUGGAGGCGCCCGUGGGCGGGGUGGGCUGCGCGCGGGCAUCCCUUGCUUCCCCAUCUCUGCCCCCACCCCAUUUCCAUUUUGCGGGGCUGCAGGACUCACUCUUCCACUGAGUCACACGCUGGACUUUUCCCUGUAUGACUGUGACGAGCAGCCGUGGGCCGGGGUGACGGGGUG